GUCCGGCAUCCUAUUAUCUCUAGAUAAUACCUGCCCAUGUGCGGAUGCGAACACACCGUCAUUGACUAUGAGACUAAGUCAAACAUCCAACACACACUAGUCUCACAUGCAUUAACGAUAUCCCACUCUCGUUAAUACUCGACUAUGGACAUUUAGAUAAAUAUUUAUUUCAAGAUGUUAGUCUCAUCAGCAGAAUAACAUUAUCUGAUAAACAUCUUUUAAAUAUAAAUCUAGGAAUAUAAUAUUUGUUUACAUUAGCAUUAGAUGUGUAAACAUAUUAUAUCUGCCUAUACAUGAUAGAAUAACGAUAAACAGUUGGCCAUCAGGGCACAACUCCAACACUAACAUGAUGGCCAACAUUAUGGAGCGACUAGAUAAGGCUCUUCCAGGACCAUCCGGUACCCGGGACGUCCCUGCCGGGCAACCUCGCCAGGUCUUGCGUACUGCAAGCUCUCCUAUCCUCCAGGAGCUGCAUGAUCCGGAGGACGUUGAAAGAGAGAGGCAAGCCGUUAACCGACGCCGGGCAGAGGAGAUGGCCCGGAAUAGCAAGGUGAAUGAAGGUCAGGCCAAGGAUCCAGGCCGGAUCUUUGGCGAUGGACACGAAAACCCGCGGGGAUCUGUCUUCGAAAGGAUUUCUCGCCAGAAAGCUCACGUUAGUGAGAGGCUGGGGAAGAAUCUGGAAAAGGCACCCCAGGGAUGGAUACGACCUCAGGCCAGCCAGGUGGCAUCCUCCAAUCGCGAACCCCGGCAGCGAAAUGAUCGAGGCGUGAGCCAAGUGCCGGUCCGGUCCUUACGGAAUCUGGAGGAUGACGAGGUUCAAAGCCAGGCAAGGGUCCCAGCACCGCGGCGUCUGGGGCCGCCGGUGCCGGAAGCUGGUGAAUUUCAAGACCUGAGACAGCAGAUCCAGGAGAUGCAGAGGAAGAUAAACAAGGGUCGAGUAUUCACUACUCGAACGAAUACUCCCUUGGCUCCAGAGAUCUUUGCGGAACCAUAUCCGCAGGGAUUCAAGAUGCCAUUUGUUAAGCGUUAUGAUGGGGAGUCAGAUCCCCAAGAACACAUAAAUAGCUAUGUCCAAGUGAUGAUCGCUGUAGAUGCCAGUGAUGCACUCAUGUGUCGGUGUUUCUUGCAGACCGUCGAUAGCAAGGUUGCAGAUUGGGUCAACCAUAUUCCCGCCGGGUCAAUCCGGACGUGGGAUGAGUUGGGACUACGGUUCCUGGAGCAUUUCGCCGGGAACUGCCGUCCCAAAAAGCAUUUCACUCACUUGGCGUCAGUACGGCAGAAGCAUGGUGAAUCCUUGAAGAAUUUCCUUAUUCGAUGGAGGAAAGAGUCCAGUGAGGUUGAAGGAACUGAUGAUAAAUCCAGGUUGGCUAUGUUCACGGCGGCAUUACAGGAUGGCCUCCUUCACACCGAUCUCACUACUCAUCCCCCGGACACCUUUGAAGAAGCGAUGGUCCGGGCAGGAAGGUAUGUGACCCUGGAAGAAAGAAAGGAGGAGAAGAAAGAAAAGACUCCUAAGGAAGAAGAAAAGAUGGGAAGUAAAAAGCCAUUCAAAAACAAGAAGCAGGGCUUCCCGGAUGGCCCAAAGGGCGCAAGUCCUGGGGCAUCGGAGAAGCAUAAAUCCGCCAAUCCGGUCUUCACACUGCCAGUGGCCGAGGUCAUGGCCCAUGCUGCACAGCAGGGACUUAUGACCUAUCCAACUUAUUCUCAGAAGGUCUGUAACGUGGAGGACACGGGGAAGUGGUGUGCCUACCAUCGCAAGAAUGAUCACAACACGGAAGAUUGUUACACUCUUAAGAAUGAGAUGGCAAGGCUGAUCCGCCGGGGUCAUCUGAAGACGUUCGUACAAGACGGUGACACCGGGAAUCCUGGGAAUGCCCAGAAUGGAAAACGUAGAGAUAAAGAAGUGGCCCAGGCUGAGGCCCGGGAGAAACGCCACAUUGGGCUGGAAGAUGAAGAGGAAGAUUCAGAACCCGCACCACAUCGCCAGAAGAGACACCAUGGGUGUAAUUUCAUCAUUGGGGGAAAUACUGGCGGAGACUCGGCCACAAGCCGGAAGAAGUGGGCAAAUGCGGCAACGGUCAACAAGGUGCUGGUCCCGGAAGGUAAGAAGCUGAAAACCGAGCCUAUUGUAUUUUCUAAUGCUGAUCUUCCAGAGACAGGGGUCCCCCAUAGGGACGCCCUGGUCAUUACCAUUGAUAUAAUGGACUUGCUGAUCCACAAAACCCUUGUGGACACGGGAAGUUCCGUUAAUAUCAUGUAUAUGGAUACAUACAAGGCUCUCGGAUUGACAAGGGAUGAGUUAUCGCCCAUCAAGACUCCACUGACCAGUUUCACUGGUGACUCUAUUGAACCGGAGGGGGUGAUAACCCUCCCGGUUGAGAUAGGGGACACUAAGGCUACCCGGAAGUUGGACAUGGAGUUUGUCGUGGUGGGGAUAAUUUCCAGCACGAACAUUAUCUUGGGCAGACCCGGAUUGGAAGAUUUGGAGUGUGUCAUCUCACCUCGUCACCUGUGCAUAAAAUUCCCAACCCCUUAUGGAGUUGGAAUUGCCAGGGGAUCGCAGAGGGUGUCCCGGGCAUGGUAUUUGAAGGCGACCAAACAGCCGGUCAAGUAUGAUACCCAGGUGGGAGAGGUGACUGCGCAAUUCCUCAGGGCUGAGGAGAAACGUCCUAGAGUAGAAGUAGCUGGCGACAUUGAAGAAGUGGAGCUGGAGCCAGGCACGCCGGGAAGAUUGGUCAGGGUUGGUAAAGGCCUGGGGGCUGAACUCAGGUCACGAGUGAUUUCAGUCCUCAGGAGGUUUAGAAAAGUCUUUGCAUGGAGUCCAGCCGAUAUGCCAGGAUUGGAUCACAAGAUUGCAGUUCACCGUUUGAAUGUUCUACCGGAUGCCAAACCAGUGAAGCAGAAACGGAGGCAUUUGUCACAGGAAAGAAGAGAUUUCGUAAAGAAGGAGGUAGCAACCCUGCAGAGCAUUGGGUAUAUCCGGGAGUGCCUUGACCGGUUCGAUCACCGGUUCGGUUCUGAAAACUAUGAUCCCGAGUUUGCAAAGAAGCUUGCCUCCCUUGCAGAUUUGUAUGUUAACGAUGCAUUCGGUACUGCCCAUAGAGCUCAUGCAUCGACAGAGGGAGUUGCCAAGUUCUUGAAACCGGCUGUUGUUGGAUUCCUUAUGCAGAAGGAGCUUGACUAUUUAGUUGGAGCGGUGACUAGCCCUAAGAAGCCAUUUGCUGCCAUUGUUGGUGGGUCAAAAGUGUCCACUAAAAUUGUUGUGAUUGAGUCACUGUUAGAAAAGGUUGACUUGCUAUUGCUGGGUGGGGGGAUGAUCUUCACUUUCUACAAGGCUCAAGGACACAAUGUUGGGUCCUCUCUCCUAGAGGAGGACAAGCUUGACCUAGCCACUUCUCUCAUUGAGAAGGCCAAUGCUAAAGGAGUCUCAUUGCUGCUUCCUACUGAUGUUGUGGUCGCUGACAAGUUCUCUGCUGAUGCUAACAGCAAGGUGGUUACCGCUACUGAAAUUCCUGAUGGGUGGAUGGGGUUAGAUGUUGGGCCUGACACAAUCAAGUCAUUUGGUGAAGCUUUGAAUGCCACCCAGACUAUCAUAUGGAAUGGGCCUAUGGGUGUGUUUGAGUUUGACAAGUUUGCUGCUGGGGCUGAGGCCAUAGCAAAGAAAUUGCCUGAGCUCAGCUUAUGAAACCAAUUCCGAGGAGAUUGCCGCAA